ACGUAAUUUCUUUUACAUAAAUCGCCGAUUAAAAUCGUAAUUUAUAAAAUGUUUAAACAAGUAAAUAGAUAAAAUAAUUAAAUAUUAAACAUAUGCUUCGACUUUUUUAUUAUUAUACUAUAUAUUAAAUUUCUCCAUCUUUAGCUACAGUAAUUUUGUUAAGAAUUUGGCAAGAAUGGUCCUUCCAUUAUAUAUACAUGUCUACUUUUGGUUUUCUUUUUUCCAGUCUUUGUUUUUUGGGCAAUUUCUGCCGUUUGAUAGAUUUUUGUUGCUACGUGUUUGACACCUGUUGUCUUCACCGUUUUCCCGCCCAAUCACUUUUGGAUUGCUGGCGUUUUUUCCGAUCUUUAUUUCAACCACUUUCCUUUUAUUUCUCUGUUUCUAUCUAUCGUUGGCUUCCUUUUGUUCCUUCUCCGUUUCCUUUUAGGUGAACGCCUCAAAUUGACUGAUUUUGUUGUUCGAAGGUUGUGUGUGUUUUGAAUCAUUGGAAAAGAACGCCCCACAUAGAGAGAGUGGACGAGAUCGACAAGGAAGUAGGAAGAAGCAGCAACGCAGCCCGGCGCUCCUGGUGCUCCUUAUCUCUCUUCAUCCAUCGGCUUCUUCUUCUCCACGUCUACUUCCCACCAUCUACUCUAAUCGAUUUGUUUUUUGUAAUCAUCGACAUCUUUGAACUGCUACGCCUCUCUUUUACAUAGCUCUUGCUCGAUCGAGUUGUUCCGACGGCGCAGAUGUUUCCACUCUACCACACCACCGACUUCAUAUUUGUUCUUUGAUUCCAUAUGUUUCGUUUGUUCACCACCUUCCUGAUGAAUUUCUUCAUCUAAACAGUAAGGUUUUGAUUUUCGAUUUUCACCAUCCUUCUCGACUUCUUCUUUUCUUUCUCUUUUUCUAUAUUUUGAUUGAUUAGUUUUUUGAAUGAUACGAAAUCGAGUAUAUAAGAUUUGAUUGUAGCUCUUAGGAUGCACACCAGCUGCUCGAUAAAAUGCUUAAACCAAGUUUUUCAAAAAAAAUUAUCAGAUGAUAACAACCAUAGCCAUGGGGACUGUGCAGAUUCACUUUAAUUUCUAUUCAGUUUCCUUGAAAGAUUUCCUCGAUUUAAAGGAAGGGAUUUCUAUAUUGCAGACGAAAGCUAUGCAGGUGGCAUUGAUAGUUUUUUUUGCUCACAUUGGAAGUUUUGUUCCUGCAGAUGCUGCCAAAGUCGGUUUAACCGAUAGGCAUGUUACUUCUCGAUCUUUAUGUCUACUAGAUGAAUUUGGAAAGGGAACACUUACUGAAGAUGGUAUUGGUCUCCAUGGUGGAACUAUUGAUCAUUUUAUCUCAAUGUAUUCUCCUCCAAAGGUUCUAAUUUGCACUCACUUGACACAAAUAUUUACUGAUAGUGAUUUAUGUGAGGCUGAUUCCUGGCCGUUUCAUGCGUUUUAUAGUUUGUCUAUUUAUAUAAGCGAUUGUACUUCCAUUGGUUGUAUAUCUUACAGAGGUUUCAUUGGUUGAUGCAAUUUUGUCUUUACAGUUGAAAUCAAGAUAACGAAAUUGAUUUUUUUCAUUUUCAGAUUUUAUCAAGAAAGCUUACCAAUAAGUAUGAAGCAUCCAUUUAGUAGACACACAAAGACCCGUAUUGGUUAGGAACAGUGAAAGAAGUGGUUAAUCUCCUUUACAUGAGAAAAAAAAAUAACACCUCCUUAUAGCUUGGAGCCUUUUUAGGUGGGGCUCUUUUAGUUGAAACAAAUCUCAUAACCCAAAUUAAAGCCGAUAUUAGACCUUUUACUACACAGAAACAUGCAGAAACAGGAGUCAAGCACUACUAAGUUACAGAUGUUUGCUGAAAAUACAGUUGGUUUUAGCCAUUUUAAUGGGUUCUUUUUGGUUUUGGUGGUUGACUAUGACGUAAUCACCUUAUUCCAGAUGGAUUCUAGCUUGAGGACCACAUUGCCCCUACACAUGGUAAGCAUUUGACAUGGGAGAUGAUAUCCACAUGAAAGCACAUGGAAGAGGCAUUUGAAAAGAGGGGAUAGGAGGAUGCAAAAGUUUGCAAAGUUAUCGACAGCCACAUAGCAAGCUAUUGGAUCCCAGUUGCACACGGGACAAAGGAGAAAAUUGGCUGUAAAGCUAUUUGGACAUGAAAGUUUAGUAUGUGGGAAUCACAUAAGGAAUGGAAUAGUGCAUUCGAUUUCCAUUGGUUGCUUCUGUGGUGGAAUGUUGUUUUGAUUUCCAUAUGGAUACACUUGAUAAGCUUAUAUUUUUAACUUAGAAAGUCUAAAACUUCAUACACCUUGACAAAACCUUUAUUUUUGUACAAUAUUUUUUUUAGAAUUGAAAGAAAUUAGGGGGUGGAAUAAGGGAAACAUAAUUUGUUA